UCAGAAAUGGAAUCUGAAGAACCUAAGUAUGGUAUAGAGAAAGAAAAACUCUGGAGAAACACUCUUGAACAAGAUAUCUAUGAAUUUGGAGAUAUCAAGCCUUCGAUCAAAGAAAAAACAUCAGACCAGCUCAAGAAAGACAAGGAGGAGGGCAAACUUGAGUUAUCAGAAGCUAAUGUGUUCAAGUCAUUCCCAGUAUCCACCAUGAGAUGGGUCACCAACAAGUUGUAUUACUUCCCAAAAGAUAAAGGAUUUUAUACCCUUUUGAGUAGUGAGAAGGGGGAUGAUGGGAAGACUGUGAGCUGUAAGCUAGUGCAGCAGAAGGGGAAAGAUGAGAAAGUACUGACGGAUUUGGAUGAAAUAUCUUUGCUGAGAGAUUACGUUAAUGUUAACAUCAGGAUUUACUCAGAAACUGGAUCUGGACAGAUGGCCGUUGUACCUAUUAAGCUUCAGAAUAAGCUUUCUACUGAGCUUGGAGAGCAUGUAGAGGCUAUCACUGGGAUGACUUUUAGUCUGUUCAAGUUCUUUUAUGGAUCUACAACCAUAGAUGGAGAUAAAUACUUGAGCUCAUAUCCAGAUAUCUUCGAUGAAAUGGAGAUCAUAGGAGCAGCAGGAUUUUCUAAACCUUACAAGUUUAUGAGAUUCAAGAACACCUAUAACUGGCCAUACUGGGGAUAUCAUAGGACUACUAACGACGCCAUGGCCUUCAUUCCUAAUAAAAACGUGGUUGUCUACGGAUUCUCCGUCUAUGGAGCAUGUGAACCUGAGUUUACUAUUAAUUUCAAAGUCUACGUUGAUGAUGUGCAAGUGGAGGAAGACGAGAUGACAUUGACAGAUUAUGAAGAUAAGUACUUUUGCAGAAUCAAGCUCAAGAAGUUCCACUUAGUAAAAGGAGGCUCCAAGCUGGAGAUAAUGGCUACUUUUGCAAGAUCUUCAGGAUCAGAUAGCUAUCUGGACUUUUAUUAUGGAGAAUAUGGUACUGAUUAUAGAGAAGUAGAGAAUGACCACAUGAACCUUUGGACAGUAGAGACAUCCUCUAAAGGUUCCAGCUCAAGAAUUGACGCCGGAAAUUUCCCAGAGAUACUUUAUUAUGUCUAAGACCUUCAGGCUG